AAGGUAACGUCAAAAAGAAAAGUUAGAGAGAGACAGAUGAGAGAGGGAGAAAGAGCAGCAGGACACAUACCUUCCUACAAAAAACUACAGUAUAGUAACCAACCAAUAUGAUAUGAGUGUGAAUGGAAAUGGCUUUUUUAGUGGACAUGAACAGAGCCUUGGCAGCUCUCUGUCUAUCAACCCUCAUCAUCUCUCUCCCAACAAGGCAUGCUCUCUCUCUCUAGCCCUACCACUCUCUUUUUGUUAUGUACUCUGUAUUUGUUAUCACUUUCCUUUACAUUGGUAUUUUAAUGAUCCAAACCCCUCUUUUUACGCAUCUAUACCUCUUUUUGUCUCAGCUGAGUACUGUUCUUUAACUGAUUAAUCCCAGUGUGAAAUGGGUAUUUUCAGAUGAAGGAACUGGUUGUUCAGAAUAAAAGAUGAAGACUUUGAGCUCAAGAGAUUGAAAGAUAUGAUUAGUUCUGCACACAGUUUGCUGGGUAUUUCUUUGAGUUCACUUCACUGAGAUCUAGCUAGUGGGGUUGUAGAUUUGCAUAUGGGACAAGACAUGGAGUUGGAAUUUGAAAAAUAUUGUAAAGUUGGAGGGAGCCCGAAAACUGUUCUUCCACCUCCGCAGCAUCCUUCGAAAGUAGAAAAAAGCAGCAGUAAAGGAAAACCCAAUUGCACAAAUGGUUUAUUGACCUUAGAGGAGAACAUCAAGGAGAUCAACUUCCGCCGCUAUCGUAGUUCGUCUUGUAAAAAUACUCCAUCUCGGACUUCUGGGGUCGAGAGGAAGGAAGUACUGAAGCGUGGUUCUGUGUAUCAAAGCUCUAGAGAGGUAAGGAUGAUGAAUAAGGGUGAAGAUGUGGAAUGUAGGACUAAAAUCGAAUUAUCCGGAAGCCAUGCCAUCAAUUUCCCCUCCAGUAUUUUUGAUUCUUUGUGUGCAAUCAAUGAGGAUAAUGUUGUCUCAUCCGAUGUGCUUUUGGAAACCGGUUGGGAUUUAAAUAGCAGAGAACAGAUCUCUGCUGAAAAUGUUGACAGGGAGAAAAUAGAGGAUCCAAAGUUCAGAUGUGAUCCAGUUGUUGGUCCUACUAAUGAUGGUAAUGGGCUUGAGGAAAGACAAGGUUCUCUCACUUUCCACAAGUCAUUAUCUUCUAAAUUGGCACCACCCCAUCCACCUUCUCCAUCGGAAGGUGAUUCUUCAAAGUCUCGGUUCAGCCCUUUCAGAAAGAUGUUUGAUCCAUUCACCAAAUCCAAGUCUCAGAGGAGUCCUUUGGGUUCUACGGGUGGUUCUAUUGGGCUUCCACCAGCUCGGCCUCCAAGCAUCAAGAGAAGCCAGACAUUACAGAAAUCUCUAUUGAAUGAUUUCUCAAACGUAUCGCAGAGUGUUGAAUUGAGUCCUCAGUCAGUUAAAAAAGAUGUCUCUAAUUCAGCUGUUUCAUGUUCACCAGCUCACUUACAUGGCUACCUCAAGUUGGAAAACAAACAAGGGGUGCCAUUUUUCGAGUUCACUUCAAAGUUCCCAGAAGACAUUUUUGUAACCCGGAGGUGGAAAGCAGAGAAUGCUUUGAAUUGGGUGUACACUUUUCACAAUCUUCACAACAGAAGGAAGAGUAAUGCUAGUGGAUGGGGAUUGAAAGAUUUAAAUAAAGAGUCUUCAAUAAUGGGACAGAUGCAAGUGUCCUGCUAUUUAUGUACAGAGCUAAGAGAUGCUGGGGAUUUUGACAACUAUAUGGUGACAGAGUUUGUUUUGUAUGAUGUUGCUCGCGCAAGACAAAGUGAUGCUGUGCAAGGAAACCUAAACCAGUCCCCUGAUGUUGCUAAACCACCCAAGGUAUCUAAUCCAAGUUCAUUUAGUGGAACUCGUGAAUUAGAGGAUGUUGCCGAUGAAUCAAAACUCAAUCUGCAACAAAAACAUGCUACCAAAAGUACCCAUUUUGAUUCGUCGACUCCACGCCCUUGGGUACCUACGGAUUUGCAUCCAGGUCUUGAAAUAGCAGCUAUUGUCAUACAAGUCCCAUUUGGAAAGAGGGAAAGUUUGAAAUACAAGGGAGGGGAUGCCAUGAGCGAUCAACUACAUCGAAAUUUACUUGAUCUCUCUUCGCAUAAGCGUAAAAAGGAAGGGAUUCCUGAUUGCUCUAGGCCCACAAAGGUAAAUGUGGUCACCACUUCUGGAAACCAUAGUUUGGGCAGUAAUGAUAGUUGUGGUCCUUCACCAUUACUUGAUCGAUUCAGGUUAGGUGGAGGCUGUGAGUGUGGUGGUUGGGAUAUGGGUUGCCCACUUACUGUUUUUGGCAAUCCCGGUAUUCAGAAUGCUGAAAAUCAGGAGCCUUUGGAACUUUUCAUUCAGGGAGCAAAAGAAUAUACCCCGGCAUUGACCAUGAAAGUCAUUGAGGAGGGACGGUAUUCAGUUGACUUCCAUGCAAAGUUAUCCUCGUUACAAGCGUUCUCCAUUUGCGUAGCUAUGUUGCAUUGUACAGAAGCCUCAUCUGCCGUCAGGUGGGAGAGAGACAAACAAUCCUUGCAAUGCAAUCCGCUUAGAGUGUUCAUUGAGGAGGAAGUUAAAAACAUAAUUGAGGCAAUUGCAAAGGAGGAAGAAAGAAAAGUCGUUAAGAAGAUGGAAGAAAUCCCACCAUCGUUUAAACCCAACCCACCCUUUUCUCCAAUUGCUCGGGUGUAAGUGCAAGGGCUUUUAGUUUGCUUAACGAUGCAAAGGAGAGACAGUGAUUAGUUUGUGAAGUUUGUACAAUGCAGGGACCGUGAUUCUUUAGGGAGCCGACACGAUUUGUUCUUACUUUUACCUUUUUAGGAAAGUUUAAUGUACACAAAAUACUGUUCAUAUUUCAUAAGGUUAGGCAAUAGUCAAGGAAAUGAAGUAAUCCUUCAAGUUUUGAGAUAUUGUGGUUCUUUUCACUUGUUUUUUUUUUUUGUACUUUUUCAUUGGUAAAGUGUUUAGUGGAAAUAAUAGAAAUCAUCCUGUUUAUAAA